CGGCAAAAAGAAUUUUUAUAUAACAGAAUAGAACCACACAGGCAAACACAUCCUAAGUAUCGUGUGUUUAAUUUGUUGUGGUGCACACAAUUUAUUUUAUUUCUUUAAUUGCCUGCACACAGAAUUAAGGAGAGAGAAAAAAAAACAGACACACACACCGCCCAAGACAUCCCAUAAGAAGUGAAAGAAGAAAAGAAGAGCUGAGACGUGGAAAUAAGAAACUGUAAAAGCAAAAACCUUAAAUACAGUGGAAUUUCUCUCUUUCUUUCUCUUUCUCCGGCGCACUCUUCAAAUAAUAUAUUCUAUGUGGUGUUAAAAAGUGUGUGAUAUUCUUUGAACUGAUCAUAAUUCUGUGUGUCUAUUUUCCAAAAAAACAAGAAAAAAACAGUCAAAACACUCUUCCUCAGCAACGCCCAAAUGAAUAAUGAAAAAAAUGCACCAAUUCCCGGGAGCGACAUCAGCAAAUCUGCUCUUGUUCGCAUUGUGCCUUAUUGCACUAUCGCUGUGCACAGCAAAACAUGAGGACGACUUCGCCACUCGGACCCCCUUUGUCAGAAAUAGAUCAGUGAAUCACCAGGGAAAUGUGAUAAUUUCACAUACAGAGCCAUUUCCAAAAUCUCUGUGGAGCAACUUAAUUUAUUCAAAUGAGCCGCAACAUGACGAGAGGAUCAUCAAAUCAGCCACACAUGAUGAGAGAUUCUCAUCAUCAGAUACCCGAACUUCAGCCACCGGAAGUGCUCCACUUGGAGCGUCGCCCCGACGUCGUGUGUGGAAGAUCACAAGUGCAGUGGAUGAUGAUGCGCGGAAUUCUGCAAUGCCACAUUCGUCACGACAUUCACUCCAGCGCCGAGACAUUCGGCAUAGCGCAACACCAAUCAAUUUGUGCAAUGAGAAAGGGUGUACGUGCACAAAACAAACGCUCAUGGAUGUGACAUGCGAACUUCAAGGCAGGCAAUACGACUUCAACCAUAAAUACCAUAUUCCGAAGGAAGCGUGGUCAUUGACAAUGCACUUGGCCAAAAACACACGACUACACAUUCAUCGUGACUUCUUCCAGCAGAAUCACAUCAACAGAAUCCUUAUAAAUGGGACAAAGGAGUCAGAAGCUCAUGUGGAAUUUAUGGAAAAUGCUCUACAAGAGAAUAAUGGCUCUAUGUUGGAAAUUAAUAUAAUUAAUUGUCACACGGUUGUCCUGAAAAACGGAACAUUCCAUGACGAAAAUAAAAUAAACUUCACAAACUGCCGAGAAGUCAUAGUUUACGAUGGAGCUUUGAGCCAGACAAGCUUUAAUGCCGUCUUUGAUAAUAUUGGACAUCUCAAAAUGAAUCCUCACGCUCGAAUUGCUGGGGAUCGAUCGACUGUGACAAUCACAAACAGCUUUAUUGAUCGUCUUGAGAGUGUUGGAGGAAUGAUCAAGGAACUUCGAAUAGUCAAUUCAGUCAUCAACGAAAUAGUCUCCAAUGCAUUUGGCAUCACAGAAUCCAUGUCAAUUGACUUCGAGAAUACAAGAAUUGAUAAAAUCCAACGAGAAGCAUUUCCACAGAGAGUAUUGUGCAGUCAAAUGAGAAUUGUAGACUGCAAUAUAACGACAAUUCAUAGAGAAGCCAUUGCUAAUUGUGGUUGCCAAGUUAUUAUCAUCGAACGGAAUAGGAUAAAGACAAUUGCAGAGCGAGGAAUAAGUGCUUUUGCUGCCCAAGCUAGCAUUUCGUUCAAUAAGAUUGAAAAAGCGGAAAAGCAUUGGCUCAAAAUUUCACAAUUUGACAAAUUAGAGGUCAAUAACAACUCCUUUGGCCACUUCGGCGCCAUGGAUAUUGAAGAGCUCAUGAAGAGAAGGAUAUGCAAGUUCGAAAUGAACUCUAUAACAAAUGCUGAUGGAGGAUCUCUUCGUCUACCUCAAGACUGCAUUGUGAAAUCUGUGUUGUUCCAGAAAACCUGCGAAUGUGGCAAAAAGUGGCUCAGUUUACUGGACGUGUCAAGUUUCCAAAAAAUGACAGAUGAGAUUUACUGCAGCACUGGUGACUUGCUGAAACCCUGCUUCAACGCAAAUCUCACGAAGCUCACUACUUACUAUCGCGAAGUGUGCAGUGAUUCGAAGGUUCUGGACUGCAUGGAAACGCAGAAGGACCCAAAGAUGAAUGGGAACUUUAUCAAACCGGGUGAUUUUGGAAAGGACAGCGGACGCAAUAAUUUAGUCUACUGGAUCACAACCGGAGUGGUGUGUCUCAUUAUCCUUCUCCUCCUGAUUGGAAUUGUGAUUGUUGUGGUGCGCAAGAGAGGAAAUCGCACUGACAGAGCAGGAUUAAUCACAGCAACGCCUGAACAUUCGCACCACAGUGUCGAAAGAGUGCCGAGAAAUACGAGAAUUUUCACACCAGAAGAUCAAAUUAUUAUCAAUCAGACACUGGAUAAGAUGAAACUCAAGUAUCCUGCCGAGAAGUACGAUCAAGUCUAUAACAAUACCCAAAAGUUGUUCAACGGAAGCCUGACAGAGAGCGAAAAGGUGCUGACAAUUGGUGAGAUUGUGGGAACGCUUAGCAAGUGUGAAAACUCCGGAGAGGAUUUUGUCGCCUUCACGGACAUUCUGUAUAAACAUCUUGCACCGAAGGACAAUAAUCAAAACGAUCCCGUCUAUGCUGAGCCAAAUCUCAUUGGCAGCAACGACGUUGACGAUCGAAACACACAACUCGAUCUCAAUCACAUCUACGCCGAGCCACAGAGUGUUCAACAGCCACUACUUAACAACGAGUACGCACUUCCUGUAGAUAGAAACACCGAGUCUGGCCUCUACACAGAGCCAGUGGUCAGUCCUAAAGAACCUCCACGAAAGCUCAUCAGUCCCUAUGCGAUUGGAGUGACGAACGUGUCACAGCCAGCAGGAGCGCCAAAUUUGCCUGAUGUGCUAUCCCAAUCCACGCCAUCAUCGUCAGCAGCAACACCGCCGAGUGUCACGCAGGGCAAAGUUCAACGAUUGGCCAAUGAAUUCGCCAACAAUCCCAAUUUCCACAUCACUCGAUCACCACGAUCCAAUCGCACGAUACCAAAGUACACCAUUCCAGCGCCGAAGGGACAGUCAACGGGCCAGGAUGGAUCAACAGGCAGGGAUCGUGCAGCAGGUGCUUUUGGACUGCACAAGAAGGACUCUGCGUCAUCUGACCACUCAGGUGGCAGCGAUAUCACCGUGAAAAUGGACGAUGUCAUUGAUUAUGCCGAUGCAUAAGAUCGCGAUAGUGAUCAACAUGUGUGUAUCAUAGAUGUUGCUGAGCAAAAAGACUAAAAGAAACAUUGUUAGUUUAUAUAUAUGGACAGAUUCUAGUUGUCUUGCAUCUUCCAACACUUAUACGAUAAGAAUUUUAUACUACGUGAUAUUAAUUAUAUUGAUUUAUAUAAUGGGUUAAAUCGAUAACAAUAACUAAUAAAAAUUGAAAUUGAAGCAUAUAAAA